AUGGCUAACGCUCUGCCCAUCGUUACUAGCCUGGAGGGCCGGUUGUUGUUUGCCGUUCCUAAGAAGGGACGACUCAACCAAGCCACUCUCAAUUUAUUAGAGGGUGCCGAUAUCCAGUUCAGACGAGAGAAUAGACUUGACAUAGCAUUGGUCAAGAAUCUUCCUCUAGCUCUCAUAUUUCUCCCGGCAGCCGACAUACCUACCUUCGUUGGCGAAGGCCAAGUUGACCUAGGAAUAACGGGACAUGACCAAGUGCAAGAACACGAUGCCGGUCUCCGCGCUCUGUACAAGGCACGGCGGUUUUCGGGUGAGAUCACCCCAGAGGAAGAAACCGAACGAAACUCAAAAGGAUCCGGAAUCGAAACUGUCUUGGAUCUAGGGUUCGGAGGCUGCAAGCUGCAGGUCCAAGUCCCUGAGAAAGGCAACUAUAACUCCCCGAAAGACCUAAUUGGGAAGAAUAUCGGCACAAGCUUUGUCCACUUGGCACAGAAGUACUUUACCAACUUAGAAUUGGAGGAAGAAGCGGCAAAGGAGGCAAAUGGCGCUCCCGUACAAUUUGCCAAGAAGCUACAGACGAAAAUUAUCGAACUGAGCGGUAGUGUCGAGGCAGCUUGCGCUCUUGGUGUAGCAGACGGAAUCAUCGACCUUGUCGAAUCUGGGGAAACCAUGAAGGCCGCGGGACUUAAACCAAUUGAUACUGUUGUUGAGUCGACAGCCAUCUUGAUCAAGUCACAAAAGCCUUCCAAUCCAGCUCUUGUAGACCUAAUUGCUGCCCGAAUCCGCGGCGUCAUCACAGCUCAACGAUACGUCCUAUGUCAAUACAAUGUUGAGAGAUCAGGACUUGCGGCAGCAACCAAGAUUGCGCCAGGGAAACGAGCACCAACAGUAACAUCUUUGGAAGAGGAUGGCUGGGUUGCAGUCAGCGUUAUGGUCGAGAAGAAGAAGAUUGCGCCGAUAAUGGACGAGCUGACUAAAAUAGGAGCAACUGAUAUCUUCGUAUUAAACAUUGCGAACACUAGAAGUUAA